AUGAUUUUAUAUAAAUUAUUAUCAUUGUUAUUAUUAUGUAAUAUCAUUGUUGCAGCACCAACUGCAGUUAAUAAUAGACCAAUUAUUGGUAUUUUAACACAACCAACCAAUGGCGGUAUGGCCACUUAUGGUGAUCAAUAUCUUGCAGCAUCUUAUGUCAAAUAUAUUGAAAGUGCUGGAGCACGUGUUGUACCAAUUCUUUACGACACUGAUAUCAAAUCAUUAACAUCAUUAUUCAAUUCAAUCAAUGGUAUUUUAUUCCCAGGUGGUGGUGUAGAUUUCGAUAAUGCUACCGUUUACACCAAUACCAUUCAAUCCAUUUGGCAAUUGGUCAUCGAAUCAAACAAUAAUGGUGACUAUUUCCCAUUAUGGGGUACUUGCAUGGGUUUCCAAGAGUUAGCAUUAUUAGCUGCAGGUAAUUUCGAUCUUUUAUCAAGCUACAAUAGCGAAAACUACACUGUACCAUUAAACUUUACAGCAGCUGCCAAAGAAAGUAAUAUGCUUGGAAAUGCCCCAUCUGAAAUUUUCGAAGCACUUGCCACCCAACCAAUCACUAUGAAUAACCAUCAAUUUGGUCUUUCACCACAAACUUUUAGUGACACCUCAGCCAUCAAUACCUUCUUUAAUGUUUUAUCAACCAAUGUCGAUCGUGACGGUAACACUUUCAUUUCUACCAUCGAAGCUAAAAACUAUCCAAUCUACGGUGUUCAAUGGCAUCCAGAAAAACCAAUCUUUGAAUGGUGGGACCAAGAAGUUAUGAACCACAGCUUUAUGAGCGUCCUCUCCAAUCAAUACACUUCAAACUUUUUCGUCAACGAAUGCAGAAAAUCAUCUCACUCAUUCUCUGACCCAACCGUCGAAGCUCAAUCUUUAAUUUAUAACUAUCAACCACAAUACUCUUAUCAAUCUGUUCCAGAUUUUGAACAAAUUUAUUAUUUCAAUUAA